AAGACAUUGGUGAGACCACUCUCUCACUGCGAAUUCUGCUGGGUCCUGCUGUCGAAGAUUCAGAGCUUCAGGCGUUAACUUUACAAUCCCUACACACCACAGGAGUGUUUAACAUGGUGUGAUUUGUUUAAAUAAAAAAUUAAAAAAAUCCAAAGAACGGACCUCCAGACCUGUGGGUUACAGCAAUGCUCCUUAUGGCGUGCUAGACUGCCUCUAUAUGAAAAAAAUAGGAGAAGAAGAAGAGGCUCUGAGCCCUGCUGCAGCAGGAUCCCAACCAGAGUUCCCAACCCGCUUGGUGACGUUGAACUCCAAGACAACAGAGGAAGCAGGGGGGAAGGCGGACGGACAGAAUGGCGGCUGCACAGUGCCGUAGCUCAAAAUGCACGGCAGAAAGGAAAGGGUUCAGGCGGGAACUUGAUUCUUGGCGGCAUAAACUGAUCCACUGCGUUGGGGUUGAAAGCAUCCUGGAGGGAAUCUAUGGCCCCAUGCUGCUUAGAGACCUCAACAUAUUUGAUGACUGUGAACCCAAAGAGUCGGAUGACUGGUCAGUGGAAGCCAGCUGCUCUCACUGUUCGUUGUGCACCCUCCCCCUGGAUCAGCUCAGUGACCUUCCCCCCGCAGCCGCCUCCCCCCUCCACAGCCCGUCGGAUUACUCUCCCUGUCAGGCCCCCACCCUCUCAGAGAGCAGCCAAUCAGCUCAGCAGUUCCUCCAAGCUGUGUUCCACAAGAAAGAUGUGCCCCAUGGCUAUGAUUCCAACGUCCCAUUGGCGGCCCAGGAACUGAUGAAGAAGAUGAUCCACAAGUUUGCCAUUGAAUAUGCCUCCAAGAGCCACGUCCACAUGACGAUGAAUGGCCUCACCACUGACAACCUGUCACCUCAGCCCACACCCGGCGAUCUGGAUGCCCCCCUGGAUCUCACCGUCCCCCGGGAGAAGGAGGAGGACGGGGAACCUGGGCCAGAUGCGGUGCUGGACCUGUCUAAAAGAACCUCUGUCUGCUCAGCAGCGCCGGUCACGGCGGAUAACAAAUCCUCAGGCUUGCCGUUAAAAGAAGAACUGGGUGGUCCAGAGAAGCUGAUGACUGAAGGCGGCCAGGUCAAUGAGAACUCGGCAUUGGAGAAGGUUCUCAACUCACUCUGCCCGGCUCACCGUUCUUUGAUCAGCCAAAUCUUGAUGCUGGCACGCCAGGAACAACUGCUGUCCCUACCAAAUCCCAGGCUGGCCGGUCAGGAUGCAUCUAAAUGCUGCCACCACUCGUUGACCUCACAGAAUAAUCUGCCACCGUGUUGCUUUCCAUUAAGUAACUCUAAAAGUCUCAGUGGCGCCCCACACUACCCUCUUGUUGACUGCGCUCAUCAACGUUGCAGUAAGACCUUGUGCAGUCCAGCUGAAUCCAAGUUUAGUUGUACCCUCCGUUGCUGUCCGCUAAGUGAAAGUAAGGCUUCUCAGGGCCCGUGUUGUUGUAUAGAGAGCUCCUACCCUGUUUCCUGCCAUGAGAAUCUCCUCUGCACCUCCUGCCAGCACCUCACCGGACACCAGACAAAGAAUCAUUGUUCCUCCUCAUCGUCCCCCAGUCUAUGCCCCUCCUCUCAGGUAUGCCCUGCCACUUCCAUUUGCUGUAACAGUCACUGCCCCGUCUCAUGUCUCUGCCAUUCAAGCCACACCUGCUUAGCUCAAACUAGGCAGACGAUGGAAAAAGAGGGUGAAGACGUGGAUCCCCCUUGUCCUGUGCUGAAGAGAGAACACAGCCCCUCCCCUCCUCCACUUUCUCCAAUCCCACCAGACAUCACCAGCAUAGCAGAGGAAAAACCUCCCCUUCUGCCUCUUUACUCUCACGAUGAGCACCUUCCACUCGUGGACAACCAACAUCUAGAUGCAAGGCUGCAGGAAGCACCUUCGGACAUUGAAGAGGCAGCCGAGUUGAAUGGUGUAGCUGCAGGUGGUCAGACACAGAAGAAUUCAAACAGGAGUUUGCUUCGGGACGUUGUUGAUCGUUUCACAGAAAAACUGGAGACAAUCAGACCUCAGGAUAAAGACCCCCCACAGUUUAGUUCCUCUACAGAACAAGGUAUUGAGAAAGAAGAGGCUCCCAGUUCCCCAUCCCCUCAGAGCAUCCCGUUUCACGCCGAUGCCCAUCUUAGUGAAAUAAUCACCACGGUGCUCCACACCGGUAGCGACAGUGACUAUAACCUGAGUGAGCUAUUUCAUCAGCAUGAUAACAAAGAGGCCAAGUCCCCAAAUACCCGGGCCCGUCGAAGGCAGGAGGUCCUUGCGUCUUUGACAUUGCCAGCCAACCUUGCGUCCAGCCGACGACACAGUUUAAAAAUAAAACGGGAGCUUGCCAUGCUCGACCCAUCCUAUUGCAGGAGAAAAGUGCCACAAGCCAAAAGAAAAUUAAAAGAUGGCAGUAAUUCUAGCUCCCCAGUAUCUAGUUCAUCCGACACCGCGCCUGUGAAGGAGGCUACAAGGGAAUCUGGAAUCCAGGAAAAUGAAAUGGUCCAGAUCAGUGGCAAAUUAAGUGUGGAGAGCGGGAAUUUUGGAGACAGCAGUAAAGAAAUAGGGAGAAUGACAGGAAAGACCAAGGAUAAAGUCACUGACUACACUAGGAAUGAUGGAUUAGAGAGUCCAGUGUUUGAACAGAGAAGGGUGGAAGUGAACACAAUCAAAGCUGAGGAAGACGGAUUUGAGGUGAAAGAAGAUAUACAAACGAUCAUAGUCAAAGAGGAAAUUGAGACCAUUGAAGUGGGACAAAAUGUGCCUGCCAUCGAGGAGAAGGCAAGUUUCCAACAAACCCUGAAACCCCCCUGUAAACUGCAGACGAAGCCCUGCAGAGUGGUUUCCGAAGGAAAUUACCAGAGCUGUGCCGAAAGGGACGCUACAAGAUCCAAGAGGAACAUAGUACCUCCCCAGCGCUUCUCUUCCUACGUGACAGAGCCGAGGAAGAUGUACUUUGUUGCUUGUUUCUCCGAGAACAUCUUCAAUCCAAGAACCUUAGUGGACAGUGUGGGGCAAUCUACUACUAGCAUCGACUCACAGAACCUAGAUCUUAUGGACCCCUUGCUUGACUCAGGAAAAACCCCAAGUCAAGCAGCGCACUCGACUAAACCCACUGGAGCAGAGGACGACCUGACGCCCAAAGUACUAACGGGUUCCUCUAAUGCAGAUCAAAGUCAGGGAUUUUCAGUUUCUUUGCGUUCCACAAGGCUGAGUCCUUCCAAGUAUAGUUCAAAAAAUAAAACGGACGUGAGAGACAGUGCAGCCAGACCUUAUGGUAGGUUACGUUCGUCUUCAACGAAACUACACGCUCUAGAGUCUGUAACUGUUUGUAGAACACCCACCCGCAAGUCCAGUCCAAGCUUUUCCGAUUUUGACAUUCCUCCUAAUCCGUCUGAACUCCCCUUUGAGUUUAGUAGCCCAAUUAAGAUCAUGUAUGUUUCUCCGGUUAUAAAUGAGGAAGGGGUUAAAUAUUGCUUGAAGUCUGCAGCCUCAAGUUCCGGUGGACAAGUAGUGCACAACUUUGAUCCCUGUGAGCAGUCGUCAUGGGCAGGAACACCUGAAACGAGCAACGGUACAGAGCGUGCUAUCUUCCAGAUUGGUUCCAACUCCGCCCCUCUAAAGAAUGCUACCUCCUCUCCAAAAUCAGCCUCCCCAUCUCCUAAAAAGGUCUCAACUCCCCUCAAAUCUCCCUCAACCCCUCCAUUAUCAGGCUCCCCAACACUCAGAUCUGCUUCUUCACCGACAAAGGUGGUGUCUGUAUCCCCUAAAGGUUCCAGAAGAUCAGGAGAACUCACUCCAUUGAAGCGUGUAGCAAGAACAGAAAACCAGAGAUCCCCAGCAGAUCUGGGGAGUUCUCAUGAAAUAACCCCCACGCCAAAGAGGCGUCCUGGGCGACCAAAAAAGCUUGGUCCACGACUGGAACAAAAGGCCAAAAGGCCCAUUGGUCGUCCGCGGAAACAGACCACUACGGGUCCUAUACAGGAAGGAAAUGCAGACGUUGUUAAAGCUAUUGAAGGUGCCAACAUGGAGAAAGAAAACAAGAACCUGAAAAUAACGGUAGUUUAUGGGCGAUCCAGAAGAAACAAAAGGGUGGUCUCUGAGGGCCAAGGACAACAAGAGCUCUGUGAGACCGCACAAUCAGUGGAACGGAACAUGGAUUUUCGCAAUUUACUGCAUGGCACACAAGAACAUUCUGAUGUUGUCAAAGCAGCCUCCCCAGAAUGUCUAAAAGAACUAAACUUGGUAAGACCUGUGAAUGACGAGUCCGCUCCUCCUGCAAGUAGUAACAUCAAAUGUCAGAAGCUUCAAGGUGCCAUCUCAAUUAGAAAACCUGGAAGACCUGCAAAAGUUAAGAUAUCUGGGAUCUCCGUUACGGUUACCACAGUAUCCCCGAGGCAGCGCAAAAUACAAAUGGACAAGGAUGUUAAGCGGUCUCAAGAAACACUUCAAAGAAGAAAAACACUCUUACCAGAGUUCAAUCAUAUCAAAGAGACGUGGAACAGUGACUGUCCUUCAAGGAAUGAAUGCAGGCACAAAGAGGGGAAGGGUGUGACAAAAGAUGAAGGUAAAGCAGAGCGGCUAGACCGGCCUGUAGCCGUACGUCAUUCAGUGAGGGUAAGGAAACCUUCAAUCUACUUGCUGCACUCUGUGGCCACCUCAUCCUCCAGGUCCUACAGCCAUAGCACAGCUCUGAUACGCAGUUCCAGAAAGCUUCUGUUGAACAAGGCCAUCAACCAAAGGAAACUAGAAAAGGCUCAGGACUGUUUAGAAAACCUAAAAGAUCAAAGACAGUCGCUGGGACGGGAGAAGAAUCCAAUCCGUCAGGACUUGAGCCAGGUCGCAGCAGUAUCAGUAGACUCCAUUUUCCCUCCUCAAGAGACAAUGAAGUGGUGGGCAGCAUCAGCCGAGAAAAAGGAUUUGAACCAGGAAUUUGCCAGACGGAUACAACUAGUCUCAGACACCUGGGUGUCGGAUAUUGACAACCAGCAGAAAUGUUCCUUAAAACCUAGAUCAGGACCACCCAGCAAGAGGUCCCGAUGUUCCUCUGUGGUGCGAGCGCUUUUUGACUGUCCUCCCAACAAACCAAGUUCAUGUAGCAUGCAGCAGCUCGGCUCCUGGUUCAUGCAAACCACAGAGACCAAACCUCUGGCCAUUGUCAAAAAGGCAAGUUCCCGAAAUCCAUAUGAAUUCAUGCAUUAUCCCCGUUCCACUAACAACAAUGAAGGUGUCUGCCCUAGUCCACAGGCAGAGCGACUUCGCAAACAUAUAAAAAAGUUUGCUAAAACUGUGCCAAAGAGUCCACUUGCGCACCGGCUGGCUCUGGAAAGGCUGAGGAAUGGAAACAAAACUUUAUCAGCAGGAAACAUCAAACGUCAACUUUUCACUUCUAGGUUUGCGCCGGGGCGGCUGAGCAGAACCGUUAGCAAGUAUGCAACCACUCUAUUGAGGGCAAAGGCCAGGUUCCUAACAUGCCUUCAAAGGAACGGGUUGCCCAAAAGGCAGAGAAAAGACUGGUGGCCAUCAGUAACUGCACAGAAACAAAGAGAUAAAGCAUUAUCUAGAUUGUCACCUGCUCACCAGGCUUUGGACGGCUCGGAGAAAGGGUCAGCCGACCCUUUACCAAAAGAGGAUAGUCUCAGCUCGAAAGCCUGGAGCCCUGAGAAACUAAAGGAAUGCCGGGUUUUUCUGAAGAAGAUCAACUCGCCAGUCAGCGAGUCCACUGCAGAGGAAGAAUUGGACUCCUGCAAAGUGACACUGGAUGAUUGGUCCCCUUCUGCCUAUCGCUUUGCAGGCAGCGAGGGUGGUCUGGCAAGGGAGAAUGAAGCUGUGAAAACUGAUAGGAAGGCAAAAUUGAAAGCCGGGAGCAACUCUGACGAGUCUUCUAGUUCUGUAUCAAAGUCUCCACAGGAACAAGCCGAAGUGCAAAUUGGCCAGAAAGAGGAACAGAACGCUCCUGUGAUUGUAUCCACUGGAGCACCACAGCCGCCAUCUGUGAAGAUGUUAAGACAAUCACGGGUGAGGGGUCUGUCUGGGCCGAGAUGGUCUGACUUUGUUCUAGAAAAUUAACUGAAGCUCGAAGCCUUUCCUUCGUGGGAGAGGCGGUGGUGAAUCCUGGUGCCUUUUGGACAUUCGGCCAAACCACAGAGACCGGCCAGCUCACUCCUGUCGUCUUACCCUCAGCAUUUAUGUAGCAGUCUAACUUAAAAACAUGAGGUUGCACUAUUUUUAGGGGGAGAAAUUUCUUUCUCCCUCAGCUCUUAUUAUUUCCGCCGCUUUGUAUGUACAAAAAACUAUAUUUUAUUUUUGAUUUCAACUCGGUCUCGUUUCUGAAGAUGUGUAGCACGUUACAUGAACAAGUUGACCAGCGGUUUGAAUCAGAUCCACGGAUCCAGUUGAGAUGGGGUUGUUAAAUGAAGGAAAGCGCUUGACCGCAUUAAGGCAGCACCAGGCCACCAAGCAUAACUUUCUGCUAGUGCUAGAAUGUAUUUUCUUCUUGAAUUUUCAAUUCUUUAAAUUCUUAACCUUUAAACCGAUAACCAGCUAUUGACAUUAGCUGCUUUUGUCCCAACUAGCGCCAUGAAGAUGGAUAAAAACAUGUACAUAUUGUGCCAUUAUUGAAUGUUCCCCAGAAAGUGCACAUGUUGGCCCUUAAUUAUUAUAGUUAUUAACUUCACGGAAGUCGUACGUUUUGAUAAAAAUGUUCUCCCAUGACGUUCUCCCAAGAAAGAUGCUCUUCUAUAUUUUGAUUAGUUUUGUUUUGCUUCACGUCAGCCAAUUUACUAAAAAACCUAAUGCCUGAUUGCAUGGGUGGUGGCCGGCGUGAGCAGCAGUCAAUAAGUACUUGACUGUAGAUAUUGUCUGCUAUUUAUUUCUUGAACAAAACAUCAAUGAGCAGUCUUGAGACCAAAUUUUGUUUUUCUUCCACUACAAUCAUUUCAAUUUUUUGUAUUAUCCUUUUACAGAUUUGCAGAUCUCAGCCGCCAUUAACAUGGAAUCCUGUUUUACCCCCCAUUCCAUUCUCCCUGUGAAAUACAUAGAGGUACAAACCAGUCCAUGUAGUAGAAUGUAUUCUCAUUGCUGUUUAUUGCCAUCCUAAAGCAUCAGUUAACUUAUUACUUAAAGCCUACCUGUUGCACUAUUGCAUCUGUUGAGAUUAUCACUCCCGUAGAUCCCACUAGAUCCAACCAAUCCUAUUUUGCACAUCCUUAUCCACUCUUACUGUAAGUAUCCUAGGUGCAAUAAAAAUCCCAAAUAAUCAAUAUUCUUGUAAUAACCUCACUGCUAACAGACACAUGGAUGUUAUUAACUGUGAUCACAAGUUCUGAGAUUGCAGAUGGACGUCUGCCGUAAAGAGCCGUGCAUCGCUAUUUAUCGCAACACUAUUUCCCCACCCAAGUUAGUAGAAAGAAUUGCAAAGGAUUUUGUUAAUUACCUCCAAUUAAUCUUGGGAUGAAAAUAUUUUCCUGCCUUUUGUUUAGAGUGGGUCAGGUGCCAAGAGAUCUCCAUAGGUCAAAAUGUGUGUCUGUGUGUGUUGCUCGUUGCCAUUGUUAAUUGUGGGUCAGUCUUGUGACUAUGGAAAUUUAGCCCGUCAAAACCCCUGGUGCUUAACCGUUGUAUAUGUUCUCAAAUGUUUUUAUACUUUCUCUUAUAGAUGUAACAAGGAAUUCUCUUGUCAAUAGAAUAAAGUUUCUUUUCAAAUAUGCCCGCUGUUUGAAAUGACUUUUGUGGAAACUCCAGCUAGAGAUGGGUUAAAACACAAUUAGGGUGUAGCUGAAUAGUCUAGUUCACGGUUAAUGCUGCUUUAGGUAAGACUGGAGUUGUAAAGACAAGCAGAAGAGGGUGUGGUUUGGAGUCCCGAAGCAAUGAGGGUGAGGUGGCCUGGUUGGUCAGAAAUGAGGCAGGAGGGGUCUAAAAUCAAUAUAGCCCAUACAUAAGCAGGCGCAGUCAGCUCUGAACUCAUUCUCUAACA